AUGUCUUCGAAGCCUACUCUCGUGUUCGUGCCUGGUGCAUGGCACAGCCCUGAUACAUGGGGCAAAGUCACUGCCGAAUUGGAACCUCAAGGCUACAAGACAAUUUGCAUCACUCUCCCUACAACUCUUUCCGAUCCAAGCAAGGGCAUAGCCGACGACAUUGAUGAAGCAAGAAAGGCUAUUUUAGCUGAAACAUCGCAAGGACGAGAUGUUGUCGUUGUGGUUCACUCGUACGGUGGAAUGGUGGGCCCAAGUGCUGUCAAAGGUCUGACUAAAGUUACAAGUGAAAGGCCUGGACGUGUCAUUGGCAUUGCUAUGAUGGCGACUGGCUACUGUAUGACAGGCAUUGGCUUUCUUGAAGGUAUCGGGGGAAACCCGCCGCCCUUUUGGAAAGCAGAUACGGAGAAAGGAUACGCCACACUUAUUGUUGACACAAGAGAGUUGUUCUAUCACGAUCUCCCGGAAGAGGAAGGCAACUACUGGGUUGGCCGACUUUUAAACCACUCAUUGAAAUCUCUCACAGAUAGUGGAGAGCGCGUCUACUCAGGCUGGAAGGAUGUUCCAACCCGAUAUUUGAUUACGACAGAUGACAGGACUUUCCCUACCGAGGUUCAAUUGGGUAUUGCUCAACACGCCAAAGAUCAAGGAGGGGAAGUCGUUGUUGAACAAAUCCAUACCAGCCACUCACCAAUGCUCAGCAAACCAAAAGAAACGGCUGAAUUUAUUGUGAGAGCAGUGGAGACGUUUACUAAAUGA